AUGAGGCCCGAAAAGUGGUGGGGGAGGCGAGGCGACCGGGGAGCGGGCAUUCGCGGCGGGAGCGGCGGCCUCGUGGCAGCACUGGCGGCAGCACCGGCGAUCCUCGGCAGCAUGCACUCGCGCGGGAGCGGCGGCAGCACAGGCGGCAGCACUGGCGGCGAAAGGGGCGAUCCAUGGAAGCAGAGUCUUCCCCGUGGUUGCGGUGGGGGCGGCGGCCGGGGAGCAGGGGCUCGCGGCGAGAGCGGUGGCCUCGGCGGCAGCACCGGUGGCGAGAAUGACAACCCCCGGCAGCAGAGCCUUCCGCGCAGCGGCGUUGGGGAGGCGAACUGGGAGCGGGCACUCGCGGCGGGAGCGGCAGCAUCGACGGCAGCACCGGCAGCGAGAGCAGCGACCCCCGGCAGCAGAAUCUUCCGCGGCGGCAGCAUGGGGGACGACCGGGGGGCAGGCACUCGCGGCGGGAACGGUGGCUGCGGCGGCAGCACCGGCGGCGAGAGCAAUGACCCCCUGCAGCAGAGUCUUCCCGGCGGCGGUGGUGGGGGAGGAGAACUAGGAGCGGGCACUCGCGGAGGGAGCGGCGGCAUCGACGGCUGCACCAGCGGCGAGAGCAACGACCCCCAGCAGCAGAGUCUUCCCCGCGGCGACGGUGAGGGAGGCGACCGCGUAGCGGGCACUCGCAGCGGGAGCGACGGCAUCGGCUGCAGCACCGCCGGGGGCAUGGCCGGGGCGCAGGCACGCGGGCGGGAGCGGCGGCAGCACCGGCGGCAGUACCGGCUGCAGUACCGGCGGCGAAAGCGGCGACCCCCGGCAGCAGAGUCUUCCCACUGGGGCAGUCGAGGGGACGACGGGGGCGCAGGCACUCGCGGGGGGAGCUGCGGCAGCACCGGCGGCAGCACCGACGGCGAGAGCAAUGACCCCCAGCAGCAGAGUCUUCCGCGCGGCGGCGGUGGAGUAGGAUGCCGGGGAGCAGGCACUCGUGGCGUGAGCGGCGGCCUCGGCGGCAGCACCGGCAGCGAGAAACGCGACCCCCGGCGGAAGAGGCACGCGCGCGGGAGCGGCCGUAUCACCGGCGGCAGUACUGGCGGCAGUACCGGCGGCGGGAAUGACGACCUCCAGCAGCACAGUCUUCCGCGCAGCGGAGUAGGGGAGAGUCUUCCGCGAAGCGUCGUUGAGGAGGCGAACUGGGAACGGGCACGCGCGGCGGGAGCGGCGGCAUCGACGGCAGCACUGACGGGGAGCCCACGGCAGCAGAGUCUUCCCUGCGGUGACGGUGGGGCAGGCGGCCGGGGAGCAGGCACUCGCGGCGGGAGCGGCGACAUCGACGGCAGCAAGGGUGGCGAGAGCGGCGACCCCCGGAACCAGAGUCUUCCGCGCAGCGGCGUUGGGGAGGCGAACUGGGAGCGGGCACUCGCGGCAGGAGCGGCGACAUCGACGGCAGCAAGGGUGGCGAGAGCGGCGACCCCCGGAACCAGAGUCUUCCGCGCAGCGGCGUUGGGGAGGCGAACUGGGAGCGGGCACUCGCGGCAGGAGCGGCGACAUCGGCGGCAGCACUGGCGGCGAGAAACGCGACCCCCGGCACCAGAGUCUUCUGCGCAGCGGCGUUGGGGAGACGCACUAGGAGCGGGCACUCGCGGCGGGGGCGGCGACAUCGACGGCAACACCGGCGGCGAGAGCGGCGAACCCCGGUAG